AUGCUCCCUGGGGUCUCAGCACUAGCCGUGCGCUGGGUGCCCUGCAGAUGAGUGCAUGGUUGUCCUCUCUCUGGCUUUCAGUGUGACUGCAGCUGGUUCCUCUUCCUCUUCUGCGUCUUUCUCUUCACGCUGGUGUGGCUCUACUUUGCCAUCAUCAUCCUCAAUGAUUUCCACAACUUCAAUGAGUUCAUCUUCAAGCAGCAGAAGCUGUGGCUGGACUGGUCCCUGGUCCUGCUGAUAGCAACGGCAGUGCUCAUCACCUACUCAACUGUGCUGCUGGUCCUUGCUUUGUGCUUGCAGCUCUGCGGCCAGCCCUUGAAGCUGCACUGGCUGCACAAGACCCUGCUGAUCAUAACUGCCCUCGUGGUGGCCGCGGCCUUCACAGGGCUGGGAAUAAAGUGGGCGGAGGAGUGGAAAAGCGCACGCAUCUCCCUGCAGGAGACAGGUCCCUUCCUGCAUAUUGGAAUCGUGGGGGGAAUGACGCUCCUUGCCUGGCCACUGGCCAGCGUCAUCUACCGCACCCACAACACAGGUCUCAAGGUGUUUCUGCUGCUUGCGUACUGUGCAGUGAUGAUCGCGCUGUACCUGGCUCCCCUGGGAAUCACCUCCCCUUGCAUCAUGGAGGAGAACCAGCUGCCCCCCAAGCCAGCCCUGGUUGGCCACCGAGGAGCCCCCAUGCUGGCCCCCGAAAACACCCUCAUGUCACUGCAGAAGGCGGUGGACUGCAAUGUGCAAGUCUUUGAGACGGACGUCAUGGUGAGUGCUGAUGGGGUCCCAUUCCUCAUGCACGAUGAGAAGCUCACCAGGACCACUGAUGUGCAGAAAGUGUUCCCUGAGAGAGCUGACAUGAACAGCACUGCCUUCAACUGGACAGACCUGCAGCAGCUCAAUGCUGGCAGAUGGUUCCUGGAGCGGAAACCAUUUCCCACUGUGCAAAGCCUUUCGGGUGGCGAUCGUGCCUUGGUGGAUGAGCAGAGGAUCCCGUCCCUGGAACAGGCACUAGAGGCAGCUAAGGAGAGCAAUAUCUCUAUCAUGUUUGACCUUCGGCCAGAGAACCACAGCGAUUACUGGAGCUUUGUCAAUGCCACCCUGGAUGUCAUCUUAAAGUCAGGCAUCCCGCUGCAGCAGGUCCUGUGGCUGCCGGAUGGGUUCAGGGAGCAGGUCAAAGAGAGAGCUCCAGGCAUCCAGCAAAUUUAUGGCCGGAAGAGGCUCCAGGAUGAGAAGGAGCCACUGUGGCGUGUCAACCUGCCCUACCAAGACAUGAGCUUUGAGGAAAUCAGGCAGUACCGCCGGGACAAUAUCUCGGUCAACUUGUAUGUGGUGAACCAGCCCUGGCUCUUCUCCGUCCUGUGGUGCUCAGGGGUGAGCUCUGUCACUACCAAUGCCUGCCAGGUGCUGAAGGAGAUGGAACGCCCCAUCUGGCUGCUGCCCAGCAGCACAUACCUCAUGAUUUGGAUUGUCGUGGACUGUGUUUCCUUCCUGAUGAUUCUCUGGGCCUUCCUCUUGCUGAAGAAAUGCUCCCAGAGAAGGCAGCCAGUGGGUAAGUGCAUGGAUACCAGCUCCCCUCUUCCUGGGGGCCUCCCCCCGCCGGCUGGCAGCCCGCUCCAGCGGGGCGUGAUGGAGCUGAACGGGUUGGCGGAGGAGUCUGAGACGGACGUGCUGCUCACGAAGAUCAACAGCCUGAUGCAAGAUUGA